AUGCGCGAAAUUAUGGGCAAUCCUAAGAACAUUAGGAAUAUGUCCGUCAUUGCCCAUGUCGACCACGGAAAGAGCACUCUGACGGACUCCCUGGUGUGUAAGGCGGGCAUUAUUUCAGAAAAGGCAUCUGGAACGGCUCGCUUCACGGAUACCCGGGCGGAUGAGCAGGAACGAUGCAUCACCAUCAAGAGCACAGGCAUCUCGUUGUAUUUUAAGCAGGACAUUGAUGAUGGAGCGGGCGAGCAGGAGUUUCUUAUCAACCUUAUCGACUCUCCAGGACACGUUGACUUCAGCUCUGAAGUCACAGCUGCUCUCCGUGUCACGGACGGCGCCCUCGUUGUUGUUGACUCGGUUGAUGGUGUCUGUGUACAGACAAAGACCGUCUUGCGCCAGGCGCUUCAGGAGAGAAUCAGGCCUGUGCUGCAUGUGAACAAGGUGGACCGUGCGCUGCUAGAGUUGCAAAUGGACCCUGAAGAAAUCUACUUAACUUUCGAGCGCAAUGUCGAGAAUGUCAAUGUCAUUAUCUCAACCUGCAGUGAUGAGAACGUCGGUGACAUGCAAGUCUUCCCUGAAAAGGGAACAGUUUCGUUUGGUUCAGGGCUGCAUGGUUGGGCCUUUACAAUUGAGAAGUUCGCGAAGCUGUACGCAGCCAAAUUCGAUGUGCCCAAGGAGAAGAUGAUGCAGCGUCUGUGGGGCAACAACUUCUACAACGCAAAGGAGAAGAAGUGGACCAAGACCCAAACUGAAGGAUCUCAGAGAGCUUUCUGCCAGUUCAUUAUGGACCCCAUCUGCAAGCUGUUUUCGACCAUCAUGAAUGAUCAGAAGGAUAAAUACGAGAAGAUGCUGACCACUCUAGGAGUUGAAUUGAAGGGUGAAGAUAAGGAUUUGACCGGCAAGGCAUUGCUGAAGCGAGUCAUGCAGCUCUGGCUCCCGGCCGGAGAUUGCUUGCUGGAGAUGAUUGUCCGCCACUUGCCUUCGCCAUGGCAGGCGCAGAAGUACCGUGUGGAUACUCUGUAUGAAGGCCCUAAGGACGACGAGGCAGCAAACGGCAUUAGAAACUGCGAUCCUAACGCUCCUCUCAUGAUGUAUGUGAGUAAAAUGGUGCCAACUUCCGACAAAGGUCGGUUCUACGCUUUUGGUCGUGUGUUCUCUGGAACUGUCGCCACUGGCCAGAAGGUCCGCAUCCAGGGUCCCUACUACGUGCCUGGGGAAAAGACCGAUUUGACUAUUAAAACUAUCCAGCGUACAGUCAUUAUGAUGGGCAAGUACGUCGAGCAGGUGCAGGAUGUGCCUUGCGGCAACACUUGCUGCCUCGUCGGUGUCGACAAGUUCUUACUUAAAUCGGGAACCCUCACUACUUAUGACCAGGCCCACAACAUUGCGGACAUGAAGUACUCUGUUUCUCCCGUUGUCCGUGUUGCCGUCAAACCGAAGGAUAUGAAGGAGCUUCCAAAGCUUGUGGAGGGUCUGAAGCGCCUGUCAAAGUCUGACCCGUUGGUGGUGUGCACCACUGAGGAAAGUGGUGAACACAUCAUUGCUGGGUGUGGCGAGCUGCACGUGGAAAUUUGCCUGAAGGAUCUUAAGGAGGAAUACGCCCAAAUUGACAUCAUUGUGUCGGAUCCUGUGGUGUCGUACCGUGAGACCGUUACUGCACCAUCGUCCAUGACUUGCCUAUCGAAAUCACCGAACAAGCACAAUAGGCUUUACAUGACAGCGGAACCUCUCCCUGAAGGCUUGCCAGAGGCCAUUGAAUCCGGCAAGAUCAGCUCAAAGGAUGGGCCCAAGGAGCGUGCCAACGAGCUGAGCGAGAAGUUCGAUUUCGACAAGAAUCAUGCAAUGAAGAUUUGGUGCUUCGGACCUGAAACCUCCGGGCCCAACAUCCUUGUUGAUAUGACGGUUGGUGUGCAAUAUCUCAACGAAAUCAAGGAUCACUGCAACUCUGCAUUUCAGUGGGCAAGCAAAGAAGGUGUGCUGUGCGAGGAGAACAUGCGAGGUAUCCGUUUCAACCUGACAGAUGUCACCAUGCACGCAGACGCUAUCCACAGAGGUGCUGGCCAGAUCAUGCCGACGUGCCGCCGUGUGCUGUACGCCGCACAGCUCGUUUCCCAGCCUCGUCUCCAGGAACCCAUGUUCUUGGUCGAUAUCUCGGUGCCGCGUGACUCAAUGGAAGGCAUCGACACGGUGCUCUUCAUGCGUCGUGGGCACGUGUUCGAGGAAGAUAGCAAGCCUGGCAACCCGCUCGUUGUGCUGCGUGCCUAUCUGCCAGUUGCUGAAUCAUUCGGAUUCACGACAGCUCUGCGUGCCGCUACAUCAGGUCAGGCUUUCCCUCAGUGCGUCUUCGACCACUGGAGCUGCCUCAACGGUGACCCACUAGAAAAGGGAAGCAAGAUGGAAGCUUUGGUGCAGGGUAUCCGUACAAGGAAGCAUCUUAAGCCCGAAAUUCCUCCCCUGGACCACUACUACGACAAGCUGUAA